AACCUCGUCCGACUGCAGGAAUGUUUAAAAGGUUCUGCACUCGAACUUGUGCGCAGCAGACUGAUCCUGCCGCAGGCGGUGCCGCAGAUUGUCGAAACCCUACGAAGAAUGUAUGGUCGCCCAGAGCAAUUGCUCUACUCGUUAUUGGAGAAAGUCAGGAAGGCGGAUCCACUCAAGCCGGAUCGUUUGGAGAGCUUUGUACAUUUUGGGAUUCUCGUCGAACAACUGUGUGAUCACCUGGAGGCGACCAACCUAAGGGAUCAUCUGGUAAACCCUCUGCUUCUACAGGAGCUUGUGGAAAAAGUACCAGCCAGUACCAAAAUGGAGUGGGUUCGCUACAAGCGACAUUUUCCCAACCCAACACUUCGAACAUUUUCGGAUUUUAUGUCCGAAAAGGCUGCUGACGCAAAAGAUGCUUCCAACCACAACACGCACAGUGGGGAACAGCAGUCCGUGAUCUUCCGAAUGGUUCUUGUAACGCUAUAUUACGAGGAUCGUUCCGUAGAUGCAGUUGCCUUCUUGGACGAGGGUUCAUCGUUAAGCCUGGUUGAAGCGGAUUUGGCUGAUCAUCUUGGCGUGAAGGGUGUCAAGCAAAUGUUACGUUUGAUUUGGACAGCAAACAUCAGCAGAACGGAGAGAAACUCAAAGCGAGUGAAUUUGCGAAUUUCCGCCAAAGGGUCCAGCGAGAAGUGGCCACUCAGGAACGCUCAUACCGUAAUAGAAAUGAAAUUACCUGUUCAAUCCAUUCGGUACUCGGAGCUAGCACAGAAGUUCGAUCACUUGAAAGAUCUUCCACUAGCUGAUGGCUUGUCCGGCAUGCCUAGGAUUCUAAUUGGUUUGGAUAACAUCCAUCUAUUCGCCCCGAUUGAAUCUCGGAUCGGAAAUCUCGGAGAACCAAUCGCUGUAAGAUCAAAACUAGGAUGGGCGGUAUAUGGCCCUAAUAGUAACGAAAAACGCCACGAAGCAUUUGUUGGACACCAUGAAGGAGAAUGCAUCACCAAUCAAGAGCUACACAAUUUACUCCGGGAUCAUUUCUCGGUAGAAGACAUCGGAAUUACAGCAAGCACCGUUCUAGAAUCCGAUGACGACCAACGAGCCAAAGCCAUCCUGGAAAGCACCACCGUUCGGAAGGGUGAUCGUUUUGAAACCGGGCUCCUUUGGAAAUCGGAUAAUCAUCAUUUUCCCAACAGUUUUCCAAUGGCUCUAAAACGACUCAAGCAGUUGGAAAAGCGGCUGUCUAACAACGUGGAGCUUGCUGAUGCCUAUCACCACCAAAUAAGUGAAUACUUAAGAAAGGGCUACGCACACAAGGCUUCUCCGAAGGAGUUAACGCAAGUGGAUCCCGGACAAAUAUGGUACCUUCCAGUAAGCAUCGUCACGAAUCUCAAAAAACCUGGGAAAGUGAGACUUGUUUGGGACGCUUCUGCCAAAGUUUCCGGAAUAUCCCUAAACUCUCUUCUCCUCAAGGGACCGGAUCUGUUGGCAUCGUUGGUAGCUGUCAUCAGUCAAUUCCGAGAGCGUCAGAUUGGAUUCGGAGGAGACAUAAUGGAAAUGUAUCACCAAAUGCUCGUCCGACUCGUGGAUAGGCUGGCGCAAUGCUUUCUGUAUCGGAAAACUCCCGAAGAGGCACCGGAGGUAUACGUCAUGGACAGGUGCACUUUCGGAUCCGCAUGCUCACCGUGUACUGCUCAAUUUGUAAAAAACCGCAAUGCAGAAGAAUACGCUGAACUUUAUCCGGACGCUGCAGCUGCAAUCAUUCACAAACACUAUGUGGAUGAUUAUUUUGACAGCACCAACACGGUCCAGGAGGCAGUGAAGCGGGCACUGGACGUCAAAAUGAUUCAUUUAGCAGCGGGCUUCCACAUUCGCAACUGGAUGUCAAACUCAGCGGAAUUUUUGACACAACUUGGUGAAGCAAAACCAGAACAAACAGCUUAUUUCAGUCACGAUAAACAUGCAGCUACAGAACGUGUUCUUGGAAUUGUCUGGCGUCCCGAAGAAGACGUAUUCACCUUUCCUAUGACGUUUAAAGACGAACUAAAACCGUACACAGGAGGCGAUGUUCGGCCGACGAAACGAACUGCGUUGAAGUGCUUAAUGUCUUUGUUCGACCCACUCGGAUUGGUUGCUCCCUUCAUCGUUCACGGAAAAAUACUGCUGCAAGAAAUUUGGCGUACAGGAAGUCAGUGGGACGAUGAAAUAAGCGACGAAUGCUUCCAGCUAUGGACUCGCUGGAUCCAAUUGUUCCCGAAAAUUGCCAGUCUUCGUAUCCCGCGGCCGUAUUUCGGUGGCAUGCUGCUAGCAGAUAAUGAAACGAUGGAACUUCAUGUGUUUGUUGAUGGUAGCCUGCAAGCCUACGGCUGUGUAGUGUACCUACGCGUAAUGGAUGGUAGCACUCCACGAAUCUCUCUUGCGAUGGCGAAGUCGAAGGUAGGACCAAUCAAGCAGCUUUCCGUUCCUCGCAUGGAGCUACAAGCAGCAGUAUUGGGUGCUCGAAUGAUGAAUGCAGUCGAGUCGAAUCACUCUCUCGCCAUAAAGCGUCGUUUUCUCUGGACGGACUCCCAGGCAGUGCUUUCGUGGAUUAACUCUGAUCAAAGAAAGUUCAAGCAAUUUGUAUCCUUUCGAAUUGGAGAAAUUCUAAGCCUGACAAAUGCGGACGACUGGCGUAAGAUUCCCAGUAGAUUCAACAUAGCUGACGAUCUAACAAAGUGGGGGCGUCAUUUCGUUCCGGAUGCAGACGAUGAAUGGUUUUGUGGACCAAAGUUCCUCCAUCUACCCGAGAAGGACUGGCCGCAAGAAGUAAACGUGGCGGUUGUGAUUGCAGAAGAAUUACGAGCUUCGGUACUGUUUCACGAAAUAAAACUCGAAGUACCCGUCAUUGACACGAGCAGGAUCUCCCGUUGGAACGUUUUAGUGAGAACCAUUGGAAUGGUCUAUCGAUUCAUCUCUAACUGCCGCAGGAAACUUCGACAGCUACCGAUUGAAGUUGUACCCAUGGAACCGAAACUUUACAAGUUCAUUGUUGCCUCUUUACCAUCGGUGGUGAAACCGCUGCAGCAGGAUGAAUACCAUAAUGCCGAAAACUGUCUUUGGAGAGCAGCUCAGUGUGAUACCUACGGAGACGAGAUCAUGAUCUUGAAGAAGAACAAACAGUUGCCGCUGCAGAACAAGUUGCAACUAGAGAAGAGUAGUCAACUAUACACAUUGUCACCAUUCCUGGAUGAAUGCAACGUUCUGAGGAUGCGAGGAAGGACUGAAGCGGCUGAAUUUCUUCCAUACGACGUUAGAUUUCCAGUCAUCCUUCCUAAAAAUCACACAAUAACACUCAAACUGAUUGAACAUUUUCAUAAACGGUUUGGCCAUAGUAACAACGAAACAGUUGUAAACAAGCUGCGCCAACAUUUUGUGAUUGCAAAUCUUCGGGCUGGCGUGCGAAACGUAGCCAGAAAUUGCCAAUGGUGUCGAGUUCAUAAAUGCCAUCCGGUUGCUCCAAUCAUGGCUCCCCUUCCAGUCCAGCGAUUAACUCCGUAUCUAGCACCAUUUAGCUUUGUGGGUCUGGAUUACUGCGGUCCUCUGGAAGUCACGAUUGGUCGUCGUACGGAAAAAAGAUGGAUUGCCGUGUUCACCUGCCUUACGGUGAGGGCGGUUCAUUUGGAGGUGUCCUAUAAUUUGACAACGCAGUCUUGUUUAAUGGCAAUUCGACGAUUUAUGGGCAGGCGUGGUGCCCCACUGGAAAUGUUUUCGGACAACGGGACGAACUUGCAUGGAGCAAGCAAGGAGCUGUGUACGUUAAUUCGGCAGAUCGACGAGGAGUGCGCAGAAGCUGUAACGAACGCCAGAUUGAAGUGGAGAUUCAACCCACCCUCAGCGCCUCACAUGGGAGGAGUGUGGGAGCGCAUGGUGCGCUCAGUUAAACAAGCCAUGCGAGCCCUGGACGACGGAAGAAAGCUUACCGAUGAGAUCUUGCAAACCACACUAGUAGAAGCUGAAGAAAUGAUAAAUUCCCGCCCGCUAACGUAUCAACCGCAAGAAGCCGAGGGUUCAGAAGCAUUAUCUCCAAACCAUUUUCUACGCAUUGGUCCAUCAAACGGUCAGCUCGUUGAAACUGAAACCGAGCUUGCUGAAGCACUCCGGGAUACAUAUCGACGGUCGCAGUACCUUGCUGAUCAAAUGUGGAAACGAUGGCUGAACGAAUAUCUGCCGUCACUCAAUCGACGAUCCAAAUGGCAUGAGGAACGAGUUCCGGUGAAGGCAGGGGAUAUUGUGUAUAUCACCGACGAGUCGAGUCGGAAGAAGUGGAUUCGAGGAAUCAUCGAGGACGUGAUUGUGGCGAAGGAUGGUAGUGUGCGGCAGGCAGUGGUCAGAACGAAGAGCGGUGUAUACAAACGACCGGUGACCAAACUAGCGGUGGUCGAGGUUCCAACUGGACCAAGCGGAAGUAAAGCCGGUCCGCAAGUAGUUCUCGAACCGGAUGUACGGGCUGGGGAUUGUUAAGCCCACUGGGUACCUCGAACGCACCUCGUUAUUUAAAUUAACCUUGGCAGUUAGCGGUACAAGAAAACG